UUUUUUUUUUUUGAGACGGAGUCUCGCUCUGUCGCCCAGGCUGGAGUGCAGUGGUGCCAUCUCGGCUCACUGCAACUUCCGCCUCCCGGGUUCGUGCCAUUCUCCUGCCUCAGCCUCCUGAGUAGCUGGGAAUACAGGCGCACACCACCACGCCUGGCUAAUUUUUUGUACUUUUAGUAGAGAUGGGGUUUCACCGUGUUAGCCAGGAUGGUCUUGGUCGCCUGACCUCAUGAUCCGCCCGCCUCGGCCUCCCGAAGUGCUGGGAUUACAGGCGUGAGCCACCGCGCCCGGCCAACACCCCUGUUAAAUGGCAGAGCAGCGAUUCAAACCCAGGUCUCUUGCUUGCCUGCCCCCAAGUGGUCUAAGGCAAAAGGACUCUGAGGAGCCCUGCAGAGAGGUGGAGGACAUACUUUUUCUUUUUUUUUUUUUGAGACUGAGUCUUCCUCUGUCGCCCAGGCUGGAGUGCAAUGGCCUGACCUUGGCUUACCGCAACCUCCACCUCCCAGUUUCAAUCGAUUCUCUUGCCUCAGCCUCUUGAUUAGCUGGGAUUACAGGUGUCUGCCACCAUGCCCAGCUAAAUUUUUUUUUUUUGAGACGGAGUCUCGUUCUGUCUCCCAGGCUGGAGUGCAGUGGCGCGAUCUCAGCUCACUGCAAGCUCUGCCUCCCUGGUUCACGCCAUUCUCCUGCCUCAGCCUCCUGAGUAGCUGGGACUACAGGCGCCCGCCACUACGCCCGGCUAAUUUUUUUGUAUUUUUAGUAGAGACGGGGUUUCACUGUGUUAGCCAGGAUGGUCUCGAUCUCCUGACCUCGUGAUCUGCCCGCCUCGGCUUCCCAAAGUGCUGGGAUUACAGGCGUGAGCCACCCUGCCUGGCUAAAUUUUUUUUUGUAUUUUUAGUAGAGACAGGGUUUCACCAUGUUGCCCAGGCUGGUCUCGAACUCCUGAGCUCAGGUGAUCCACCCACCUUGGCUUCCCAAAGUGCUGGGAUUACAGGCGUGAGCCACUGGGCCCCACAAGUUUUUUUUUUUUUUCUUUACAAGAUGAGGUCUCGCUCUUGCCUUGGCCAGUAGUGCAGUGGCAAGACCACAGCUCACUGCAGCCUUGACCUCCUAGGCUCAGCUGAUUCUCCUGCCUCACCUCAGCCUCCCAAGUAGCUGGGACCACAGGUGCACACCACCAUGCCCUACUAAUUUUUAUUUUUAUUUUUUCUUUGAGACGGAGUCUCGCUCUGUCGCCCAGGCUGGAGUGCAGUGGCGCCAUCUCGGCUCAUUGCAAGCUCCGCCUCCCAGGUUCACGCCAUUCUCCUGCCUCAGCCUCCUGAGUAGCUGGGACUACAGGCGCCUGCCACCAUGCCUGGCUAAUUUUUUUGUGUUUUUAGUAGAGAUGGGCUUUCACCGUGUUAGCCAGGUUGAUCUCGAUCACCUGACCUCAUGAUCCGCCAGCCUUGGCCUCCCAAAGUGCUGGGAUUACAGGCGUGAGCCACCGCGCCCAGCCGCCCUACUAAUUUUUAAAUAAUUUUUUUGUAGAGAUGGGAUCUAUGUUGCCCAGGCUGAUUUUGAACUCCUGUGCUCAAGUGAUCCUCCAACCUCGGUCUCACAAAAUGCUGGGACUACAGGUAUUGAGCCACUGUACUCGGCCUCUAUCUUUUUUUUUUUUUUUGAGUCAGGGUCUCACUCUCAUUCAGGCUGGAGUGCAGUGGUGCAAUCUUGGCUCACUGUAGCCUCCCCCUCCUGGGUUCAAGCGACUCUCCUGCCUCAGCCACCAAAGUAGUUGGGAUUACAGGCAUUUGCCAUCAUGCCUGACUAAUUUUUGUAUUAUUAGUAGAGACGGGGUUUUGCCAUAUUGGUCAGGCUGGUCUCAAACUCCUGGGCUCAAGCGAUCUGCCCGCCUUGGCCUCCCAAAGUGCUGGGAUUAUAGGCAUGAGCCAUCGCGCCCAGCAUCCCCAGCAUUUAUUGACACCUAGUUGAUGCAUACUCCCUGGAGGACAGCCCUCCAGUCUGAUGGGGGAGUCAAGCAGGCAUGAGCUGUGAUGUGAAGGGCUUUUUCUAAAUCACAGAUCUGACUCCUUACUUGAAAACUUUUUGGAAAAAGUCCUGACUGCACCAGUCCCUGGGCUGGCCAGUGUCUCCUUUCAGGAGCCUCUCCACCCAAAUUCCCAAUAUCCUGCCUUCCUGGCCUCAGGGUCUUUGCACGGCUGCAGCUGUAGUUCUGUGCCAGCUACUCUUCCCCCAGUCAUGCAGCUGAGUGCCACCUCCCAGCCUCAGCUGCACAGUCCUCGGAAGCCUGUCCCUAGUAACCCUCAGGCUAGGCCAGCACCUUACUGGGCUCCUACGGUCUCCAAUUGCCCUGAGAACUCCCAGUUUGUGUUUAGCUUGUUGACAGCACAGAAGGGACCUGUUCUGAUGAAACAUCCAAAGGAUGAGCUGGGCGCAGUGGCUCAUGCCUGUAAUCCCAGCACUUUGGGAGGCUGCAGCAGGCGGGUCACUUGAGGUAAGGAGUUUGAGACCAGCCUGGCCAACAUGGUGAAAUCCUAUCUCUACUAAAACUACAUAAAUCAGCUGGGCGUCAUAGCAUGCACCUGUAGUCCCAGCUACUCAGGAGGCUGAGGCACAAGAAUCGCUUGAACCCGGGGAGGUGGAGGUUGCAGUGAGCUGAGAUCGUAGCACUGCACUCCAGCCUGGGCAACAGAGCGAGACUCAAUCUCAAAAAACAGACAAAGGAUUUAAACCCCAUCCAACUGCCAUCUGCCAUGUCCCUGAUUUUGUCCAAAGUCACACCCACAGUAUAGGGAAGGUUUUGGAGGGGGUGAUCUCUGCAGAGGGAGGUCAGGCACCCCUGCUGGUUCUUGUCCUGGCAACCCCCAGCGGCUCCCCAAGGAAGCCAGGCGGAGGCUUCUGGGCCAGGCUGGCUUUGGCUGGAGCCAGCUGCACUGAGUCCAAGGUGCGUGUCAGCCUUGGCCCAGCCAGCGGUGACUCAUGCUGGGCCCCAGCCCAGCCCCAGGAGGUGAUCCAGGACAGCGGCCUGACUUCCCCUUAUAGCGCUGCGGCUCAGGGUCAGUACCCACUUUUGCCGGGCCCAGUGGGGAUCCCAAGAGAUCAAGUCCGGCCCCACCCCAAGGAGCCCGCAGUCUCAGAGCCACACCCAAGACAUCAGUGAGAACCCUGACUGGCCCGUUGCACCCCCUUUUUGGUCCCUUCCCAUCUAGCCAUUUUACAGCCCCAAAUUCUUUGAGUUGUUUGUAUCACCAGACAUGGGGCAAAUUCCAGCAUAUAGUAGGUGCUCAGAAAAUGCCCGUGGGAUGAAAGACUGAAACUGCCUCUAGGUACAUGGAGGGGGAGAUUUGGGGUUCCCUCUGUGCUGAGAACCCUUUGUACUCAGGAUGAGCCGGUGUAGGUAGCAACCACCAUGACCUUUGGCCCUGCCCUGCAUCCUGUUCCCCAACCUCUGGCUGUGCCUUCUAGAAUCCCCGCCCCCUAAGAGCUGCCAGGGAUUGGCCAGAACUUGGUUUUGAGUCACAAAGCUGCUGCGGCACCAGGGCUCCAAGACUGGCCAUUCAGACUGCUGGGUUUAGCUUCAGGGGCAGCCCAGGGCAGUGUUGCUGCAUAUUGCAUGGAUGAAAGGCUGAAGGCUGCCUCCUCUUGCAGGCUGGCUUCUGAGAUUGCACCUUCUUCUGCUACUCCUCCAAAUCUAUGACCCUUCAAGGCAGAGCUGACCUGUCCGGUAAUCAAGGCAAUGCAGCCGGCCGCCUAGCUACAGUUCACGAGCCAGUUGUCACCCCGUGGGCAGUGCAUCCUCCAGCCCCCGCCCACCCCAGUCUCCCAGACAAAAUGGAGAAAGCGCCUCCACAGCCCCAGCACGAGGGCCUCAAGUCCAAGGAGCAUCUCCCGCAACAGCCUGCCGAAGCCAAGACGGCGUCCCGCCGCGUCCCACGCCUCCGGGCUGUGGUCGAGAGCCAGGCCUUCAAGAACAUCCUGGUAGACGAGAUGGACAUGAUGCACGCCCGUGCAGCCACGCUCAUCCAAGCCAACUGGAGGGGCUAUUGGCUCCGGCAGAAGCUGAUUUCCCAGAUGAUGGCGGCCAAGGCCAUCCAGGAGGCCUGGCGGCGCUUCAACAAGAGACACAUCCUUCACUCCAGCAAGUCGUUGGUAAAGAAAACGAGGGCGGAGGAGGGGGACAUAUCUUAUCACGCCUCGCAGCAGGUGCGCUUCCAGCAUCCGGAAGAGAACCGCCUUCUGUCCCUGCCCGUCAUGGUGAACAAGGAGACCCAGUUCCCUUCCUGUGACAAUCUGGUCCUCUGCAGACCCCAGUCGUCCCCCCUCCUGCAGCCCCCAGCAGCUCAGGGUACCCCAGAGCCCUGUGUGCAGGCUCCUCAUGCUGCCGGAGUCCGGGGGGUGGCCUUCCUGCCACACCAGAUGGUCACCAUCAGAUUUCCCUGCCCAGUGAGUCUGGACACAAAAUGCCAGCCAUGCCUGCUGACCAGAACCAUCAGAAGCACCUGUCUCGUCCACAUAGAGGGUGACUCAGUGAAGACCAAACGUGUAACUGCCCGGACCAACAAAGCCGGGGCUCCGGAGACACCAUUGUCCAGAAGGUAUGACCAGGCAGUUACGAGACCAUCCAGAGCCCAAACCCAGGGCCCUGUGAAAGCAGAGACCCCCAAAGCCCCCUUCCAGAUAUGUCCAGGGCCCAUGAUCACCAAGACUCUACUCCAGACAUAUCCAGUGGUCUCCGUGACCCUGCCGCAGACAUAUCCAGCGUCCACGACGACCACCACCCCACCCAAGACUAGCCCAGUUCCCAAAGUAACAAUAAUCAAGACCCCAGCCCAGAUGUAUCCGGGGCCCACAGUGACCAAAACUGCACCUCACACAUGCCCCAUGCCCACAAUGACCAAGAUCCAGGUACACCCCACGGCCUCCAGAACUGGCACCCAACGGCAGACAUGCCCUGCGACCAUCACGGCAAACAACCAACCUCAGGUUUCCCUUCUGGCCUCCAUCGUGAAGAGCCUGCACCAGGUAUGCCCAGGGCCUGCGAUGGCAAAGACCCCACCCCAGACGCACCUGGUCACGACCCCAGCCAAAAACCCAUUGCAAACAUGUCUGUCAGCCACAAUGUCCAAUACUUCAUCCCAGAUGAGCCCAGUUGGGGUGACCAAGCCCUCACCCCAGACUCGCCUGGUAGCCAUGAUAACCAAGACCCCAACCCAGUUACGCUCGGUGGCCACCAUCCUCAAGACUCUGUGUCUGGCCUCUCCAACAAUGGCAAAUGUCAAGGCUCCACCCCACGCGGCGGUAGCAGCCGGAACUCCCAACACCCCAGGCUCCAUCCAUGAGAACCCACCCAAGGCCAAGGCCACCGUGAAUGUGAAGCAGGCUGCAGGGGCGGUGAAAGCCUCAUCCCCCUUCUGUUUGGCUGAGGGGAAGAUCAGGUAUCUGGCUCAACCACAUCCGGGAACUGGGGUCCCCAGGGCUGCAGCUAAGCUUCGUUUGGAAGCCAAGAAAAUCAAGACUGGCCCCCAGAAACAGGUGAAAACAGACAUGGCAUUUAAGACCAGUGUGGCAGUGGAAAUGGCUGGGGCUCCAUCCUGGACAAAAGUUGCUGAGGAAGGGGACAAGCCACCUCCCGUGUAUAUGCCUGUAGACAUGGCUGUCACCCUGCCCCGGGGACAGCCGGCUGCCCCACUGACCAAUGCCUCAUCCCAGAGACAUCCACCCUGCCUGUCCCAGAGACCACUGGCCGCCCCGCUGACCAAGGCCUCAUCUCAGGGACAUCUGCCCACUGAGCUGACCAAGACCCCAUCCCUGGCCCAUCUGGACACCUGUCUGAGCAAGACGCAGUCCGGGGGGCAGCCGAUCACAGACAUAACCACGUGCCUCAUCCCAGUGCACCAGGCUGCUGAUCUCAGCAGCAACACCCACUCCCAGGUGCUCCUAACAGGGUCCAAGGUGUCCAACCACACCUGCCAGCGCCUCAGUGGUCUCAGCGCCCCACCCUGGGCCAAGCCAGAGGACAGACAGACCCAGCCACAGCCCCACAGACACGUGCCGGGGAAGACCACUCGGGGGGGACCAUGCCCGGCAGCCUGUGAGGUCCAGGGUAUGCUGGUGCCGCUGAUGGCACCCACCGGACAUUCCACGUGCAAUGUUGAGUCCUGGGGAGACAACGGAGCCACACGUGCCCAGCCAUCAAUGCCCGGCCAGGCGGUUCCCUGCCAGGAGGACACGGUAGGCUCCCUGCUGGCCUCCUUGUGUGUUGAAGUAGCUGGUGUGCUGGCAUCCCAGGAGGAUCUCUGCACUCUGUUGGCCAAAGCCCUCUCCCAGGGAGAAGUCUGGGCAGCUCUGAACCAGGCCCUGUCCAAGGAGGUCCUGGGUGCCACUGUCACCAAAGCCCUGCCCCAGAGCAUGCUGAGCAUGGUGCUGGUGAAGGCGCUGUCCUGGAGUGAGCUGCGCCUGACCCUGUCCCGAGCCCUGUCCCGGGGCGAGCUGCGGGCGGAACUCACCAAGGUCAUGCAUGGUAAAUUGGCCGAGGUGCUUAGCAAGGCUUUGACGGAGGAGGAGUGGGCGGCUCUGAGCCAGGCCCUGUGUCAGGGUGAGCUGGGUGCUCUCCUGAGCCAGUCUUGGUGUCGGGUGGCCCUGAGGACUGGAACCAUCCUCCCCAAGGCCGCCUCGAAAUCAACAGGAAGCGGGGUGACUAAGACGCCGACCCUGGUGGAGGUGGCCUGCAGGAGGAGUCCAUCGGCCGCAUGGGGGCCCUCCCUGGGCCCCGUGAGACCACAGACCAGCAAGGGCCCCACGGACGCUGGUGUGGUUGGUGGCCAAUCGUGGAACCGCGCGUGGGAGCCAGUCAGGGGUGCUGCGUCCUGGGACACCCGGCGCAACAAGGUGGUGGUGCAUCUCAGGCGGUCCGGGGAGCCGAUGGUGUCCAUGCAGGCUGCAGAGGAGAUCCGCAUCCUCGCAGUGAUCACUAUCCAGGCGGGCGUCCGUGGCUACCUGGCGCGUCGCAGGAUGCGGCUGUGGCACCGGGGGGCCAUGGUCAUCCAAGCUACUUGGCGCGGCUACCAUGUGCGGCGGAAUCUGGCACACCUCUGCAGAGCCACCACGACCAUCCAGUCUGCCUGGCGCGGCUACAGCACCCGCCGGGACCAAGCCCGGCACCGGCAGAUGCUCCACCCCGUCACGUGGGUGGAGCUGGGCAGCCGGGCCGGGGUCAUGUCUGACCAAAGCUGGUUCCAGGAUGGCAGAGCCAGGACAGUAUCUGACCAUCGCUGCUUCCAGUCCUGCCAGGCACACACUUGCAGCGUCUGCCACUCCCUGAGCUCCAGGAUCGGGAGCCCGCCCAGCGUGGUGAUGCUAGUGGGUUCCAGCCCUCGCACCUGUCAUACCUGUGGACGUACACAGCCCACCCGCGUGGUGCAGGGCAUGGGCCGGGGCGCUGAGGGCCCCGGGGCAGUGUCUUGGGCCUCCUCCUACCAGCGGGCUGCCCUGAGUCCCAGGCAGCCGCAUCGCCAGGACAAAGCGGCCACAGCCAUCCAGUCCACCUGGAGGGGCUUUAAGAUCCGCCAGCAGAUGAGGCAGCAGCAAAUGGCAGCGAAGAUAGUUCAAGCCACCUGGCGAGGCCACCAUACCCGGAGCUGUCUGAAGAACACAGAGGCGCUCUUGGGACCAGCAGACCCCUGGGCCAGCUCACGGCACAUGCAUUGGCCCGGCAUCUAGGACCCUGGCUCCCUGCAGUGGGGAGUUCGUGGGAGGCACUCAUGGCUGUCUGGGUCUAAUGAAUAAAGUCCUCCAUAGCCUA